UGUUUUGGUAAAAAAUACAAAACACAUUGCUCGAAACACGUAAAAUUCAUAAAAAUUCAAUUUAAAAGAUGCCUUUGAUGAUAGGAAGAUCUCCCAUUCGGAGAACAAUCAAAUAUCUCGAAGCGGGACGUCUCAUGCUAAAGGAUCAAAUAAAAAUUUUCGCCAUAAAUUACAAUACUUUCGGUGAACAUCACAAGGGAGCAAGAGAUUUCGUUUUUUGGACAUUUCCUCAGUUGCAGUACAAAAAUCCUUCCGUUCAGUGCAUUACUUUCAAAAAUAUGACGCCAAGUCCCUUCAUUCGGUGCUACUACGAAGACGGCAAGGAGAUAUUGGUCGAUAUUGACAGCAAAAAUCGCAUCGAAAUCCUCAACCAUUUGAUACAAGUCGUCGGAAAACCGAAAGAUGUGCUCGAUGCUGAAGCAAAAGCGCAAGAAAAGAAAGAUAAUCCCGCGAAUUUCGGUGUUGGAUGUUCCCGAGCGUGUAUUUGUGAGAUUCCUGGCCAAGUUCCAUGCCCUCAAAUUAUCCCAUUGCCAAUGCACAUGCGAGGAAAAUACAAAAAUGCACCAAAAGACCAAUAA